CUGGGCAGUGGGGAGAGGGGCCAUAAGAAAUCGCACCUUGCCAUAAAUUAUCACCUCACGAAGAAUCGCGGGAUAUUUUUGGGCAUUCGCGGUAUGGGAAUGGAAAUUUGGGACAUGGGCGCCCCGAUAUUGGCCCGGAUAAGAAAACCGAUAAAAACCGUGGGCCGUCGACCUUCCCGGGAAGUGUACGGGUACGUACCCAGGCUGCAUUAGCUCAUCGACCGAAAUUGACGACGUUGGGAGGGACGUGCCUCUGUGCCUCCUUCCUUCAGUCCACAGCAGAGCUCACAGCUCCCAGCUCUCAGCUUCUGCGGUCAUGUGACUGCGAGAAAAGUAGCUGGCCUGUGCACGCGUCGCGCUCGUUUUCACUGUGAUUGGCGACGUACCAGCCUCGUGGAACCGAACAAUGCUGAAGCUCCCUCACCAACAAGCGCCAUUUCACAUUUUACUGAAAUUUCGGGGUUUAUUUCAUCAGCCAUAAACUACAUAUGAGCUUAAUAUCAACAAAGGGAGAUUGCGAAACCCUCAUGAGAGUUUAAAGAUGGCGUAUGAUCCUCGAGGGGAUCACCAUGGUAGGAGAGGAGGAGGAGGAGGCCCAGGCGGCGAUGGGGAGGGUCAAGAUGGCGGUUUCGUGAGAGCCAGGGGUCGACGUCCUGUUACUGAUUAUGGCUCAACCGUCGCCAACUGGAUGCGCCAUCGCUCGCCACUUGACGGUGACGCAUAUACCGGAGAAGUCGAGAGGCCAAGUGCUAGCUUCAUCGUUGACUUCAUACCACCCGCCGCGAGGAGGACAGAUCCCGGCGAUACAAUCCCAGUGAAGCACCUCCACUCAUCACUGAAUAAGAUCAAGCACCCGGUCAACGUGGUCCGGUGGACGCCGGAAGGACGCCGCCUGUUGACCGCGUCGAGCAGCGGAGAGUUCACAUUAUGGAACGGCACCGGAUUCAACUUCGAGACCAUUAUGCAGGCUCACGACUCCGCCAUCAGAGCCCUCGCUUAUUCUCACAACGACGACUGGCUCAUCUCUGCCGACCACGACGGAAGCGUCAAGUACUGGCAGCCCAAUUUCAACAACCUCCAGAGCAUCGCCGCGCAUAACGAUCCGGUUAGAGACCUCGCAUUCAGCCCCAACGACUCCAAAUUCGUCACUGCAUGCGACGACUCGACGCUCAAGAUUUUUGAUUUUGCUGGAGGAGUAGAGGAGUCGACCCUCAAGGGCCACGGCUGGGACGCAAAGAGCUGCGACUGGCAUCCGACAAAGGGCUUGUUAGUAUCGGGCUCAAAAGACCAUCUGGUCAAGCUGUGGGAUCCGAGGACAGGCCGGUGCCUGACCACCCUCCACGGCCACAAAAACACAAUCACAAAGACGCUGUUCGAAAAGGUCCAGGGCGACUGCCUGGCGACGUCAGCACGAGACCAGACGGCCCGCGUCUUCGACCUCCGCAUGAUGCGCGACAUCUGCCUGCUCAAGGGACACGAAAAGGACAUUUCGACCAUCGCCUGGCACCCAGUCCACUCCAACCUCCUCAGCACAGGCGGCCACGAUGGCUCACUGUACCACUACAUCCUAGACGAGCCCAACACGCCCGCCGGCCACGCAAACUCCGUAGCCCCCUACGACAGCUCUGACCCGUCGACGACUCCGGCACAGACGAUAUACCCCGCCCACAAGGUCCCCUUUGCUCACGACUUUGCCAUUUGGUCCCUCGACUGGCACCCGCUCGGCCACAUCCUCGCCUCGGGCUCAAACGACCGCAUCACGCGCUUCUGGUCCCGCAAGCGGCCCGGCGACGCAGACGUCUUCCAGGACCGCUACCACGUCGGCGAGGCCGCCGCCGAGGCCAACGGCACGUGGGACCGCCGCGGCGGGCGCCGCCAGCGCCAGGAGGAGGAGGAGAUGGAGCUGGAAGACGAGAUGGAUGGCCUCGUCGACCAGAAGAUGCCUCUCAAGCAGCCCAUGGUUCCCGGGUUCCCAGGCCUCCCCGGUCUGCCGGGCCUGCCUGGCCUACCGGGUCUCUCCAUGCCGCAGAACGGCGGCGCAGGCGGUCCCGUCCCGCCACCGCCCAUGAUCCCCGGCGUCGGCGGCGCAGGCGGCGCGCCCCCUCCGCCCCUACCCUUCCCCCUGCCCGGCCUAAACGGUGCACCACCGCCGCCGAUGAUCCCAGGUCUACCGGGCGGCAUCGACCCGAGCAACCCAGCCGACCUGGCCAAGAUUGCCGAAAUGAUCCAGAAGGCGGGUGGCACCUUACCUCCCCCGCCACCAGGUGGCUUCGCGCCGCCGCCCGGCAUGGUGCCGCCGCCGAAUUUCGUGCCGCCGCCCGGGUUCCCGCCCAUGCCCAUGUCCAUGCCGCCGCCUCCUGGCGCGAAUAACAACCACAGAGACCGCGAUGACGGCGGCCGUGGCGGUAGGCGGGCGCCGCUUCCUAGUCAGGAGGAGAGUCUGAAGCAGGAGCAGCGACGUGGGAACUAUACGCGGUCCCGUUAGGAGAGCGAAAAUGUAGUAGAAUUAGGUGCGCAUGGGGGGCGUGGAAGCCGCAAACGGGGGGUGGGAAGGCAAAAUACGACUCGGAAGUCGUCGAUUUGGAUUUUCUCCGGCCCUCGGCGUGCCUUUCAUUGUACGAAUAGUGGCUUUGAGGAGGAAAUAACGGGUUGAUGAUACCCUGGCGCUGGAGGGGAACCAAAAUACACACAAGUCAAGUC